AUGGCUGUAACCACAGGCGCGCUCCCCGACGAUUUGAGAUCCUCAUCGAACAGAGAACCCUUACAGUCCAUAACAAGCUCACCACCUCCUACACUUACCAAACGGAUUCGUCGCAAGAGUUCCUUCAUCCGCCACCCCGAUUCGUCCGAAGAUUAUCCAAGCUCGCACGAUUCCAUAUACGAAGCAGUAUAUUUCUCAGGCACCAAUAGCGAUUCUAGUAGCAAUAGAAUUGAGCUUAUCGACAUACCACCUCGCAGAUCUGCUGCAACUGCUGUCAAGACUGUACAGAAUGACGAGAAUAAGAAAGCAUCGGAAGUUGAGGGUCUGUCCACAAUCGAUCAAAUCGAGUUCCGUUACGGGUUUGGUACACCUCUUGAGACGAUCACAGAGCAGAGGAGCUAUGCUACUAUUCGGACAGCAGGACGUCCAAAAUCAGCAGACGAUGUUCCCUAUAUUCCUUUCUUGGGACAUCGAGACAGUUUCAGCCUAUCCCAAAGUCCACGUCGAAAAGCAUCUUUCAGCCUCGAUGAUAUUACACUGGUCCAAAAGUCCUAUCAUGAAGCGUGUGCUACUAUCGAAAGACAAACCUUCAAGAUCCCGAUCAACGAGGUCUACGCUGAGCCCAAAACGCCUAUUCAGAAACCGCCAGACCGACCUCCUACUCCAGAUGGCAUGCCAUCAUGGACAGCCGCUCAGAGUCUUCCAGUGCGUCCAGUACCUCUGACAGCAGCACAAAAUGUCUUUCAAAGAUUCUUCGGUCUCCCAGCAUCUGGCAUUACAUUGUCAUCUCGUACUCCCAGACCAGGUUUGGACCCACAAGUUCGAUCGGUCUCCGCUCCAGUCAGAGGUCGAAUGGCACCAAGAUUCAGGCCUCCUAGAAGCGUUUAUGGUCCUAUCGAUCAGCAUCCAUUCGCCAAUGCACCCAUUGCGCAAGUCAAAGCAGGAUCUCAAGUAGAUCCGACGCAGGCUUCCGGGUCAGGAGGAAUCAUGCCAACAAUGCCUAAGAAGGCGAAAGGGAAACGCAAAUUGCAACGAGUGAGAUUUACGGCGUCUGCUACAGCACGAGACUCCGAAAUGUUGUCUCUUCAAGCUGCUAUGGAAUCCACUACUUCUUUAGCUUUACAUCCGCUCUCUCCGAUUCCUCCAAUGGAAGCCGCCCCUAUGAGAGAUGAGCCUUCGAAGAACAAAUGUCCCCAUCGACGCGGACGUGGUAAGGCUGCGAAAGGCAAGGCUACUAUUACCAUUCCGCAGAUUAUCACUCCAGAUAAUGAUCAGCUUUCGGAAUCAUCAGCAAUCGCACAUAACGAUUUAGGCCUCGUGGUGACUGCCAGACCAAGUGCUACUCUCACCGUACCGAUCCGAUCCCACUCCAUUGGUGCACUGGCUCAAGCAGCGCACAGCACAACAAGUCUCGUCACGGAUGAUCCCAGAAGCCGUGCUACUUCUUACUCUUCCACGACACAUUUGAUGUCUGGCGGCCUGAGAUCCCCGUCCGGAUCGAUCAUACAAGCUCAGCCUCUUUCCUCUACUCCAAUGCCUUCAAAAGAGCAGAGAGAUCCUUUUUGUUGGAAGUGUGCUACUGGGAAAGCUGGCAAGAAGAUUGAUCAAUGGUGGAAGUCGAGCGCUAGCUGCCUUUGUUUUAUUUGUUGCGGCUUUGACAUUGAUGAAGAGCACGUUCAUUAUGCUGAGACGAAUGAAGGCUCUUCAAGCUAUGGUCCAUAUUCCGGGCGCUCUCCUAGUAACGGAGACUUUGGACCAAGGCGGAUUACCCUGGAUCAAUCACCGGCCGGAACUCCUAGAGGAUGA